AUGUGCCGUGUUUUUGGCGCCUCCGAAGACGAACUUGAUGAUUUGUAUGAAUUUUUGAGAAGGCGUUUAGAUGAUUAUGUUAAAGUGACACGAAAAGAUGACGAUGUCUGGCUUACUUUAAUUGAGGACGAGGAAGAAGAUUUGGAAGACUUGGCGAGACUUAGUGUUUUCGAUGCACCAACUUCAGAAAUUCCCCCAUUGCGGGCUCAAAAUGCGAAUAGUAGGUUGCCGUACUCAAGCGGGACAAUUAUGCCGUCAGUAUUAAAAGAUCAAGAUGCCGGUCUUCGGUACAGAUUGUUGGGUGACAAAAUCCUUGAACACGUCCAGAGAAACGGCUCACUGCAGAUUGACGAUUUGCCGAAGCUGUUCUUUGAAGAUAAUCUGCACGUUGAUCCCUUCAAUUAUUCAGAAGACGGCAAUUGGCUGGAUCUCCUGCGCAGGCUCUUUUCAUUUCCUGCAUAUCAGGAAUUAACUGUUCAAAAUGGAGUUAGUCAUCAUCUUUUUGCGAUUAAUUCAUGUUUCAGCAUUUAA